UUCUAGGUUACCAUACAGAAAAGACCAGAAAUCCAUGCAUCACAUUUUUCAAACAAUAUUAUUUUCACACAAAUUUACUUGAUCCAAUUUGUGUGGAAUUUUAAUUGAAUUUUGGAUCUUCUGGAUGCAUGAUUUCUGGUCUAGGGUUCUGAUCAUUACCUAUUAUUAUUUCUGCUAUUGAUUAGAUUUAUUAGGUUUUUGUCCGGUUUUUGUCGAUUACAUUGUGUUUUGAUUGAUGUGUUUUGUUCAUUGUAGCACAUAUAUGAAUAAUUUGAAUAUUGUGUGUUGAUUGUUAUACCAAAACUUCAAAAUUUGGGUCUAAAUUUUAAUAUAUUUGGCGUUGAAUUUUUUAUUUAAUAGAAAAACACGCGUUUUUUUCGGGUUAAAAAGUUUGGGAUUGUAGGAUUGUGGGAAAAUUAAAUGCUUGAAGAAUUUCUUGCAUUUUGUUUUCCCCGAAAGAGCUGAAAUUAGCGAUCAUCAUGAAAAUUACGCGUCGAAUAAUUUGAGUGGCGUGGAGGUUUUGCGCAAUUGAAGAUUGAUCUGAUUGAGAUAAACCCUUGUAACGGUUUUAAAAUCGAGCAAGAUGGGUGGGAUAUGCUCAAGAUCAAGAAAAAAUGAUAAGGAAGAAGAGGGCAAGUUUGAUGGUGUGCAGGUGGCGGAUCCUACGAACAAAGACGUAUCACAACAUGGUAAUGAGAAGCAGAAAGAUAAUUGUAAACAAUCGAUAUCCGAAAGGAUACUUGGUUCGAAAAGGAUGCAAAAGAUUAAAAGCAUAGUUGGUGGGACUCAAGCUGCACAAAAGGCGGCAGGAUGGCCAUCGUGGUUAACUUCAGUUGCUUCGGAUGCUGUACAAGGUUGGGUUCCCCGCAGCGCUGACUCGUAUGAGAUGCUUGACAAAAUUGGCCAAGGCACGUAUAGUAGCGUUUACAAAGCCCGAGAUCUGCAAAAUGAUAGGAUUGUUGCCGUAAAGAAAGUGCGCUUUGUUAACAUGGAACCAGAAAGUGUGCGUUUUAUGGCCCGAGAGAUUCAAAUAUUGCGCAGAUUAGACCACCCAAAUUGUAUGAAGCUUCAGGCUUUGGUUACUUCAAAGUAUUCAGGCAGCUUAUAUCUUGUUUUCGAUUAUAUGGAGCAUGAUCUUGUCGGGCUUUUACAUUCUCAGAAAGGCAAGAAGUUCACACUGCCACAGAUUAAAUGUUAUAUGCAACAAUUUCUUCGCGGAUUAGAGCACUGUCAUUCUCGUGGUAUUCUGCAUCGUGACCUCAAGGGUUCAAAUAUUUUAGUCGACAACAAUGGAGUUCUCAAGAUUGGAGAUUUUGGUCUGGCUGCACGGUUUGAACCGGGUCAAAAAGAACCAUUGACUAGUCGGGUAGUAACUUUAUGGUAUAGAGCACCCGAACUUCUAUUUGGUUCAACCUCAUAUGGUGUUUCCAUCGAUAUGUGGAGUGUGGGCUGCAUCCUUGCGGAGCUCUUUUUGGGAAGGCCCAUCAUGCCAGGAAGGACCGAGGUGGAGCAAAUACACAAGAUCUUCAAGCUUUGUGGAUCACCUUCAGAAGAAUAUUGGGAAGUAUCAAAGUUACCUCAUGCAACUAGUUUUAAACCUCAAAAACCGUAUAACCGUCGUAUUAUUGAGACAUUCCAACAACACUUGCCUCCUUCUGCAUUGGCCCUUUUAGAUACCCUACUUGCAAUCGAACCAGAUGCACGUGGGACCGCAACUUCUGCACUCUCUAGUGAGUUUUUCACAACAGAACCUCUUCCUUGUGAUCCAUCUGAGUUACCAGUAUAUCCUCCAAGUAAAGAGUUUGACGCUAGACAACGCGAAGAGGAAGCUAGAAGGCGGAAAGCUGAAGCUAUGAAAGGACAUGUGCCUGAUUCUGUUAGGAUAGGUGCUGGAGAAUUGAAAGCACAAUCUAAAGCACAGGGACCGUUGACUGUGAGAAAACGAGAGGCGAAUGGAAUAGCUAGGCUCAAAUUCGCGUAUUAUAACUCUGAGAUCCACCAAAGUGCUUUAGGAACAUUGACUAAUAACCUAAAAGACGACGCGAUUGGCACAAGUUUAAGGAUGGUACUUUUAAACAUGGAUCCUGCACAAAAAAGACCAAUGACCAACAUGCAUCCGGCACAAGAAUCCGAAUCCACCAAGAACAAUAAUGGGCACAGCAAAAACACCUUGGGCCACGCAAAGAAGAUAAGCAGGGUUUAUUCUGGGCCGUUGAUUCGUCCAGGAGGAAAUACAGAAGACAUGCUUAAAGCACAUGAAAGACAUAUCCAAGCAGCAGUUAGGAAAGCGCGUGCAGAGAAGGCCAAAGGUAGACUGGCAUGACAAUUUGUUGUGAUCUGAUGCUAACUGGAAGUCAAAUGAUGAUGUUUGAGCCUGAAGUGAGAAGCGUUGUUGCUGGCUUGCUGCAAUAACACAUGAAGUGAAAUCGAGUGAAGAUAUUAAAGGGUUGAUGAUGUGGCAUUCACGACGGGAUCACGUAAAACCACAUAAAGAGCAGCAUACCGUCGUAAAGUACAGAUAUUGAAUCACAUUUGACAAUGAGAGUCGGCGGCUUUGCAGUUGAAAUGAACUCUAAAUUCAAAUUCUAAUUAAAGCAAAUGUAACAUUUUUUGUAGAAUUAUUUGGUCAUUGUUUAUCCUGAUAAUUUUAAACUCUAAAUUCAAAUUCUAGUCACACUGUUUCAAA